AUACUUUUAACCGUUCCUCCAGUGCAGGGCCUACUAAAGGUAUAAUAGGCCUUCUAAUUUCAAACGUAAAGUGUGAAUUAUCUCUGGUAGGCCGUGUCCAGUUAUAUCUAAUGAUCGACGCAUUUUGUAUAACAAAAUAUAACCACAUUAAGCGCAGUUUCCACGCAAUACUGCAGUUCAAAUGCGACGAUUGCGAAUUAACGUCCGUGUAAAAACGGGUCACGUUUCCUGUUAUAUGAAGCUCACAGACCAAAGCUAUUGUUGAUAGAGAAUAUAUACAGACGUUACUGUUAUUAUCAAUAUAUACCAAGUUACUAGAUGGAAUUCACGAGUGCAUACGUAAGCUACUGACUAUCAAUACCUUUAAUAUUUCGAAUACGCGGAACUCUGUUCAGGAAAGGCGCUGAAUUUGAGGUUAGGAAAAGGAAAGCAAACAGUUCAAGGUUUUAAAGUGUAAUACUGAACCAUGCAUUCAUUGGGUCGGCACGCAAAAAAAAAGAACUGAAACGGGCUUGAUUUUUUCGUAUCCGUUAUUGUUGUAGGUUAAACUAUACUUUAGUGCAGGUCUUGCUGUGUUACGCUACGUACAGGAUGGUUAAGGAAAAACUUCAUAUCAACAUUGUAGUGAUAGGCCACGUCGACUCCGGAAAGUCAACGACCACUGGUCAUCUAAUCUACAAAUGUGGGGGCAUCGAUAAAAGAGCGAUCGAGAAAUUCGAAAAAGAAGCGUUAGAGAUGGGUAAAGGCUCGUUCAAGUAUGCCUGGGUGUUGGACAAACUGAAAGCGGAACGAGAAAGAGGAAUCACAAUUGAUAUUGCACUUUGGAAGUUUGAAACAAUUAGGUAUUAUAUCACGGUUAUUGAUGCACCUGGUCACCGAGAUUUCAUCAAAAACAUGAUUACUGGAACAUCCCAGGCUGAUUGCGCAAUUUUAAUUGUUGCAGCAAGUACAGGGGAAUUUGAAGCAGGGGUAUCAAAGAACGGCCAAACAAGGGAGCACGCUCUCCUUGCAUACACACUUGGUGUGAAACAACUGAUUGUAGCAGUUAACAAGAUAGAUAACACUGAACCUCCGUAUUCUGAGGAUAGGUUUACCGAAAUCAGCAAGGAAGUUUCCGAUUACGUUAAAAAGGUUGGAUACAAUCCAAAAGCGGUUCCAAUUCUUCCGGUUUCUGGUUUUCAUGGAGACAACAUGUUGGAAAAAUCAGAAAAUAUGCCGUGGUUUAAAGGAUGGAAAAAGACGUUAAAGGAAAAUAAUUCGGUCAUCAACCAAUCCGGGGUUACACUAUUUGAGGCUCUGGAUGCAAUUCGGCCACCCUUGAGACCUAUUGGUAAACCACUUCGGCUUCCCCUACAAGAUGUCUACAAAAUUAGCGGCAUAGGGACGGUUCCAGUUGGUCGAGUGGAGACUGGUGUUCUUAAACCAGGUAUGGUGGUUACUUUUGCCCCGAACAACAUUACAACAGAAGUCAAGUCCGUUGAAAUGCACCACGAAGAACUAAAGGAAGCACUUCCGGGAGACAACGUUGGUUUCAACGUUAAGAACGUGUCGGUUAAAGAUAUAAAACGGGGUAUGGUCGUUGGAAACUCCAAAACGGACCCUCCAUUAGCAGCCAGUAACUUCUUAGCACAGGCCAUAGUACUUAACCAUCCGAGCGAGAUUCAUGUAGGCUAUGCCCCCGUGCUGGACUGCCACACAGCUCACGUUGCUUGCAAGUUUAGUGAGUUGAAGCAAAAAAUCGAUCGCCGGUCAGGAAAGGUACUGGAAGAAAAUCCAAAGAUGGUAAAAACAGGUGAUGCAGCUAUGAUAGUGCUGACGCCGAGCAAGCCUAUGUGCGUAGAAGCGUUCGUUGACUACCCUCCUCUUGGUCGAUUUGCUGUUCGAGAUAUGAGACAAACUGUGGCAGUUGGGGUGAUUAAAAGUGUCAAUAAAGCGCAGCCCAGUGCCGGAAAAGUAACAAAAUCUGCACAAAAAGCGGUUAAGAAGAAAUAGAACAAGAAGAAUGAAACUAUCUAUAAUCCUUUACAUAUUCAGAAGUUCAAUAUUUAUAUAUAUAUAUAGGUUGCAUAUGAAUUUAUACUUAAAGUGUGUGGAACGUUUCUGAUCGGUUGUAACUGGGUACUUAAAACCGUGUGAUUCGUUUAUAUUACUACGCAUGAAAAAACACACUUAUACUAACCAAAUACAAGUAUAAAUAAUAUACCAACAGACUG